UCACCAGGCAUCAGGUCAUUUGGCUCGACAGCGGGCACCGCGUCAUCUGGCAAGGCAGUGGGCUCCGAGUCAACAGGCACGACAGUGGGCACCGGGUCAUCAGGUACCGGAUUGUCUGGCUCGACAGCGGGCAUCGGGUCACCAGGUAUGACAGCGGGGACUGGGUCACCAGGCAUCAGGUCAUUUGGCUCGCCAGCGGGCACCGCGUCAUCUGGCAAGGCAGUGGGUACCGAGUCACCAGGUACGACAGCGGGCUCUGAGUCAAUUGGCACGACAGCGGGCACCGGAUCAGCUACCGGAUCAUCUGGAUCAACAGCGGGCAUCGAGUCAACUGGCCUAAUAGGAUCGUCAGGCUGGAUCAGUUCAUCAUGCUGGGUAGAGGCAUCAGGCUGAAUGCCGGCGUCCGGCUGUGUAGAGGCUUCAGGCCGAGUAGAGGCAUCAGGCCGAGUAGAGGCAUCAGGCCGAGUAGAGGCUUCAGGCCGAGUAGAGGCAUCAGGCCGAGUAGAGGCAUCAGGCCGAGUAGAGGCUUCAGGCCGAGUAGAGGCAUC